GCACUUUACUUCAAGUAUGUUGCUCUAUAAUUAGCGGACGGUAGGUGUAUACUUAGCCAGGAUCACCUACAAUGGUGCUGUUCAACCACGAGUCAACGCUUAGUUGGAUAUUUACUAGACUAAACUUUGCAGACUCCGCAAGUCCGCACGCCGGGGAUCAAACCGGACACCAACGUCUCCUGCCCUACGGCUCCGUUGGCGAGAUUUAUUUACCGACGGCGUUAAACGAAUCGCGCUUAUUUUCUCAUAGAUUCUUCUUCAAUCUGCUACUGUUCUUGCCGUUACCUCUCUAACCCUUGCGCUACGCUCAACACUCUGCCCGUCACUACAACAACAACAACAAUCACAAUGGCAGACAAUACAGAAACAAUGCAAGCCAUUGGUAUUUCCAAAUUCACAACGCCUUCGGGCUAUGAAUUAAUGACACUCCCUCGUCCUGCCAUCGAGCAGCCUGACGAGCUUAUCAUUAAAGUCCACAGCGCCAGUGUCAACCCCGUUGACGUCAAGAAGGCUAAUGGUAUCUUUAAAAUGGCUUUGAAAGACGAAUUUCCAUACAUCAUAGGCUACGAUGUUGCUGGCGUCGUCGCCGAGGUGGGCAGCGGUGUCCGCAACUUGAAAGUCGGUGACGAAGUGUACGCCCGUUUGCCGGAGAUCUAUCGCGGCUCCUGGGCGGAAUAUGCCAAAUCGACAGAAGCCUUCGUUGCGCUCAAGCCUACCAAUAUGUCCUUCAACGAAGCCGCCUCCCUUCCCCUUGCGGCCGUGACUGCGCUACAGGCAUUCAACCAGUACAGCGGCUCGCUCGAGGGCAAGACGGUGUUUAUCCCAGCCGGACUGAGCGGAACCGGUGCGUAUGCCUGCCAGCUGGCUAAGAAUGUCUUCAAGGCAGGCAAAGUCAUCACUACAGUAUCCACGUCCAAGGUGCCCAAGGUGCACGACCUGCUUGGCGACGGUGUCGUCGACCAAGUUAUUGACUAUACUAAAGAGGACGUGCUGAAGGCUAUCCCUCCGCGCUCGGUCGACUUUGUCUUUGAUACUAUGGGUCAGGCAAUGGACUUUCUACCUGUAAUGGCUGAAAAGGACAGCUUCAUUGUCUCCAUAUCAACACUUCCAUCUGGAAAGACCCUACAGAAUGCCCCCAUCUUGCGCGGCGCCAGUAACCCUUCUGUGCCAUUUGUCGCUCGCGCCUUUCUUGACGCGGGUGACGCCUACAGGCGCUGGCGGGCAUCGCGAUUCGGCGUCACUUACAUGUACAUCUUUCUGGACCCUAAUGCCAAGGAUUUAGAUAAGAUGACCAAGUGGGCAGAAGAGGGUAAGAUUAAGGCCGUGGUGGGCACGGUGGUGCCGAUGAAGCAGUUUGGCAAGGUGGUUGAAGCGCUGGAGGUGGUGUAUAGCGGCAAGGGUGGCCUUGGAAAGUCUGUGUUUGAAAUGGCGUAAUGUAAGAAGAUGACGAAUAUUUGAAUAUAUGUAGUAAGUUUACAUUGGAAAUAACCGUGACUUAUGCAACAGGGCUAAAUCUGGGUUCAACAAAACAAUACGGCUAAGCACGUCAUCUCUAUCCGUUCUCAAUUGUAAGCCAUGAAAGAGGGUAUAUCACUGAGUACAUUGAAUAUAUAAAUUCUGUCUAG